GGAAUUACAUGUGAAUCGAUCUGGGAAGAGCACAGCUGUCACAAGCGUGCGGGACAACAUAUUACAAGCUCAUAGCUGCUUACGGAUCUCAUCUGUUCGCCAGUUUGUCAUCAAUCCAACAGAAUGGCUCGUGGACAUCAGAAAAUCCAGUCUCAGCAGAAAAACGCCAAGAAGCAGGCAGAGAUCAAGAAAUCCAAAGGCCACGACCAGAAGACCGCAGCGAAAGCGGCACUGGUGUUCACAUGUGCUGUCUGCAGGUCACAAAUGCCAGAUCCCAAGACCUUCAAGCAGCAUUUUGAGAGCAAGCACCCCAAGAGUCCUCUUCCCCCAGAGCUGGAGGGUGUGGAGGCAUGAGCAGCCCACACACCGGACCGGAGGCUGAGUGUAUAAAACACCACACCAUAAGAGUCCUGAUCUCAGAUUUUAUUCAGCAGGACACGAUCAGCUCUUACCUGAGUUUUAUACAUGCAUCCUCCUCUACGCCGCAGACGUGAAUCCCGUGGAUCAAAGACUGAUGACGUUUGGCUUCCCUCUCAACACUGUUUCAGAGCACUUGCCUUGGCUACGAUCAGAUCAGUGUAUUACCUCAACCUGCACUCACACGCUUUUCUUUUCUCAUCUCGCUGGUGUAAUUUAACAGAUGAAGAUGUUAGAAGAACACUACCAGUCAGUUGAUCAUCGAUAAUAUAAAUGUGGUAGUCUCAGACAUAUUUGUCUGCUUUUUUUUUUUUUUGCUUGUUAAAAAAAGUCAUAGGUGAGUGCAAAUGGAUAUGGGAACGAUUUCCCUCUACUUGACGUUUAGCCUGGGCUGGGAAUUUCUCUCUCUUUUUAUAUUUUACUUUAAUUUUCUUCUUAACUAACUUUGAUUUUCACCAAAAAAAAAAAGAAAUCUCAAUUAGUCCGAAUCAAACUUGGUUUUCUGUCCACUGUAGACUGGAAUCUAAUGCGUUUUCUGUAAAAUCACUGGAUGUGCCCGAGGUCACUGUAUUCUUAAUUUAAUGUUGCUGCAGAUCUUAUUUCUCUUUGGAAUUGUCUCAAACAACGUCGCCUCAAUGUUUGAUAUUCCUGCUCAAGCCACCUGGUUUCCACACCAAUGUAAUAUAUCUCUUUAAUAAAAUUUAACUUUGUUUAAAAAAAAAAGUUGUGAGGCAUGUCUUCGACGAAGCUGCUAAAAUCACUGUUGACCAUUGUGAAAGUCUAAAAAUCUUUGUCUAAAUAUGAGUCCUCUUAAGCAAUGAAAGUAGAGUUGACAGUGGCAACAGGAAAAUGGUUUUUAGGACAGUUGCUAUGCAUCAUUACCUUGGCAAUAAACAGCAGGUCAUUAAUCACCGAAGAAGCCAACAGAAUCAGGCUUUGUUUGGAUUGUAUUGCAUGCGGGGUCGUGUUAACUGAUUUUCAAACACUGUAAAAAGUGCCAAACUGUCAUUAUUUUCCUAAUGAGCUAUUUUAGCAUAAUUUAACCAAUAAAAUAAAAAAAUUACCAAAUAAAAAAGAUUUAAUGGUAUAAAUUAAUGUAUGUUGGUUAAUUACAUGUGCAUAUUUUACUUGAUAAAAUCAAGUUUCGUUUUUAGUGCAUGAACUCAAAGUUACAUAAUGAUUGUUAUGUGCAGUGCUGUCAUUAGAUUGUUGAAAAUCCUUUUCAUUAAUUGAAAUAAAAAUAUUUUGUGCAAACAUGUAAA